AUGCGUUUGCGCAUUUGGACACAUGUGCUCUUGUACCACCAACGACCACACGCAAUAGUCAUGUACGCGAAGUUAUUCAUCGUUUGCUGCGUGUUGGCGGCUGCUUCAGCAGCGCCAGGAUACCUCGACGGUAUCGGUUAUGGUGCGCCAGCCUACACCACACACACGUUCGCUGCACCUGCCAUCACACACACUAUUGCCGCUGCUCCCGUGGUACGCGCUGAGCCUGUCGACCCUAACCCAGCCUACACUUACUCAUAUGGCGUGAACGACCCCUCAACUGGAGACCACAAGGAUGCCCAGGAGACACUCCAAAACGGAGUAGUACAUGGAUCUUACAGCCUGGUCGAGCCUGAUGGCCACCUCAGAAAGGUGACCUACACGGCCGACCAUGUAAACGGCUUCAACGCUGUUGUCGAAAGGACUGGCAAUGCGCACCCUGCUGUAGCAGUUGCACACGCACCGGUAGCAGUAGCUGCGCCGCUCGCUGUGGCCCACGCUCCCAUUGCUUCCAUCGGCCACCCAUGGCGCUAG